CUCUCCCCUCCCCCCCGCUCGCCGGGAGCUCCGCCGGCGGCGUCGCGGCGGCCGCGGGCGCGGCGGCGGGCGGGGGCGGGAGGGCCGGAGGCGGCCGGCGCCCCCUCCUCCGCCCCCGCCGGCGCGCGCCCGCCGCCCCCCGCCCCGGCCCCCCGGCCCGCCGCGGGAACCCGCGCCGCAGAGCGGGGCCCGCCAGCGCCACCCGCCGGCCGCGGGGCCGCACCGCGCCUCCCCCCGUCCCCCCCUGCUCCGGCUCUCAAUGUUCCACACUGCCCGGCCACAGAGCCGCCGCCGCCGCCGUAUAGCCCCCCGGCCGCCUCCGUCCCCUCCUCGGGCGCCGCGGGCCCGGCCCGGCCCCCCGCCAUCCCGCCCCUCCGACCCAGCAGCGGGACAGGACGCCGGCGAAGUUCCCCACGAUGUCCAGUGAUAGGCAGAGGUCAGACGAUGAAAGUCCAAGUACCAGCAGCGGUAGUUCAGAUGCCGAUCAGAGGGAUCCACCUGCCCCUGAACCUGAAGAGCAAGAAGAACGAAAACCCUCUGCCACCCAGCAGAAGAAGAACACCAAACUCUCCAGCAAAACUACUGCUAAGCUAUCCACUAGCGCUAAAAGAAUCCAGAAGGAGCUAGCUGAAAUAACCCUUGAUCCUCCUCCUAACUGCAGUGCCGGUCCUAAAGGGGAUAACAUUUAUGAAUGGAGAUCUACUAUACUUGGACCUCCAGGGUCUGUAUAUGAAGGAGGUGUUUUUUUCCUGGAUAUCACAUUUUCAUCUGACUAUCCAUUCAAGCCACCAAAGGUUACUUUCCGUACCAGAAUUUAUCACUGCAACAUCAACAGUCAGGGAGUCAUCUGUCUGGAUAUCCUGAAAGACAACUGGAGCCCUGCUUUGACUAUUUCAAAGGUUCUGCUGUCUAUUUGUUCUCUUCUGACAGACUGCAACCCGGCUGACCCUCUGGUUGGAAGCAUAGCCACUCAGUACCUGACCAACAGAGCAGAACAUGACAGGAUAGCCAGACAGUGGACCAAGAGAUAUGCAACAUAAAUGACAAACUACUUGUGCAGUGUGAAGGUGCAGAAGGCAGCUUUGCAGUGUGCAACAAAUCUUUAUAGCCUUUACAAUACGGACUUCUGUGUAUAUGUUAUACUGAUUCUACUCUGCUUUUAUCCUUUUGAAGACUGGGAUACUGCCCUCCAAAAAGGUAAAUGCUAUCAAGAGUAGAAAUUUGUAGCUGUAGAUUAGUUAUGUUUAAAAUGCCUACUUGCAAGUCUUGCUUCUUUGGGAUAUCAAAAUGUAUUUUGUGAUGUACUAAGGAUACUGUUCCUGAAGUCAACCAAAUAUUAUAGUGCAUUUUAGCCUAAUUCAUUAUCUGUAUGAAGUUAUUAAAGGUAGCUGUAGAUUACUAGGAAUUAUGUCAUUUGUAUUAAACCCAGAUCUAUUUCCAAUAUGUGGUACAUGCUGUUGUGAAAACUGUUUUAACUUUUACCUUUGUCAGUUUGUAACGAAAGGAUUUCCUUUUUCCCUUUGUAGCUCAGAGAGCACCCAGUGUAUCAUCUCAAACACAAUAAACAUGUUCCCCAA